AGUUGGAUUGUUUGACCAACAUUUGUGUGUGAUUGUGAUAUGAAGCUCAGGAACGCCAUUGCUCAUUCAUUCACGUGAAUAAUUGAAAUUCAGUUAUUUGGUUCUUUGAAACAGUAAAAUUAAAUAACACUCCUGUAUAAUAAAAAGGUAGUGUGGGGGUAAAUAUGUAAAAUCAUGUUAACAAGCAGAAUUAAAGUAAACAGUAGUUUGGAGUUCUGGGUUCCAACUUCAAAAAAGGAGAAGCUAAGGUACCAGAGAGAGAGAGAGAGAGAGAGAGGGAUGUCGAGAGCAACACCUGUUCGGAAGCCUCACACUUCCACUUCAGAUCUGCUCACUUGGUCGGAAGCUCCGUCGCCCGCAGCUUCCUCCUCCGCCAACGCCGCCCGCCCCGCCUCUCGUGCUAACCAGCCGCCGGAUGGAGUUGGUAAGGUGCUGUUUGGCGGCCAGAUUACUGACGAGGAAGCUGAGAACCUUAAUAAAAGGAAGCCCUGCUCUGGCUAUAAACUGAAGGAGAUGAAUGGCAGCAAAAUAUUUGCAGGUAAUGGUGAAGAUGGUUUGACAGAAUCUGGAGCAUCUGAUGGUAAUUUCAAUAACCGAACAUCAGUCCGCAUUGUGCAGCAAGCUGCAAUAGGGAUAAGUCAGAUUUCCUUCAGCACAGAGGAGAAGAUUUCACCUAAAAAGCCGACCACUGUCCCUGAGGUAGCAAAGCAACGUGAACUGAGUGGAACGAUAGAAAGUGAUUCAGAGAGCCGAACUAGGAAGCAGCUCUCGGAUGCUAAAUCCAAGGAACUCAGUGGCACUGACAUCUUUGGUCCUCCUUCUGAAGUUCCUGCUCGAUCAUCUGCACGAGCUAUUGGAAUAAAGGAGAACAAAGAUAUGGAGGAACCUGCACCACGAGCUCUACGCACAUCUGUCAGAGUUUCUAACCCUGCUGGUGGUCAAAGCAACAUAUUGUUUGGAGAUGAACCUGUGGUGAAGACAUCAAAGAAAAUUCACGACCAGAAGUUUGCAGAGCUGACAGGCAACAACAUUUUCAAGGGAGACGUUCCUCCGGGAUCAGCUGAGAAGCCGUUGAGCGUGGCCAAGUUGAAAGAAAUGAGCGGGAAUGAUAUUUUUUCAGAUGGCAAGGCUGAAUCCAGAGACUACUUUGGUGGUGUCAGGAAACCACCCGGUGGUGAGAGCAGCAUCGCGUUGGUUUGAUCUUGUGCCAUGUAAGGUUAGAGCAGCAUCCUCGUUACUGCUGCCCGUAGCCUUAGUCUCCGAGGACCGAUCUCAAUGUCAGGUAACUUGAUGUUGUAGCAAGUGUUGUCCUAGGAUUAUGUUUGUUUGUUUGUCUAAUUGUGAGAUGAUGUUAAUGAUCCAUGUACGUUGAAGCCAGUUAGACUAUUUUUCUUUGUUUCAUAA